AUGGCCAUCCUGAGAAAGACCUCGGCGCCGCUCGAUAUCAAGAUCGUCGGGGCCGGGAUGGCCGGGCUGAGUACCGCCAUAUCUUGUGCUCUUGCUGGACAUUAUGUAGUUGUGCUGGAAGGUGCCAAAGAGCUGGCAGAGGUUCGUCGACCACUAUACAAGGUCGGCAAUACCACACAGCUGAACGACGAAACAGAUUGGAGCCGGCUUCCAAAUAACGCCCAACGCCAGCAAGAUCUUCAAGCAAUAUGGUGUCCUCGGACAGCUUGAAUCUAAAGCAGCAGAGCCAACAUUACUCCAGGUCCGCCAAUGGUCAGAUGGCAAGAUCUUGUCCAAAACGGAGAAUUGGAACGUUGAGAUGCAGACAAAGUACAAUGCGCCGUUCUGGGACCUGCACCGGGUAGACGUACAACGUACUCUCGCAGAUCGUGCUCGUGAGCUGGGUGUAGAGAUCAAGCUCGGUGCGAGGGUAGAGGAUAUCGACUUUGAUCAGGCGAUCGUCAAGCUGGCCAGCGGAGAGACACUGCAAGCCGACCUACUGGUGGGCGCCGACGGACUGUGGUCUAAAUGCAGACAACAACUUUUAGCUCAGAAGGGGCUGCAAGAGAAUGCACCACUGCCGACGGGCGAUUUGGCCUAUCGAAUCGUUCUGGACGUCAAUGAAGUAGCUGAUCCGCUGGUUCGCGACUGGAUCUCCAAACCCACCUGCCAAUUCUGGGUCGGCCCCAAUGCGCACGUAGUCGCGUAUUCAAUUCGAAACAGUACCAUCUCGAACAUGGUGCUUCUAGUGCCUGACAACCUGCCUGCCGACGUAGCCCGCCAAUCUGGCUCGCUGGAAGAGAUGCGGGCGAUCUUCACCAACUGGGAUCCUACUUUGAACCGUUUCUUGGACCAUGUGAAGACUGUCGAUAAGUGGAAACUCAUGCAUCGGCCUGAACUGGACAGUUGGAUCAGCGACAAAUCGAAUUUCGUGUUUGUCGGCGACUCUUGCCAUCCGAUGUUGCCAUACUUAGCCCAAGGUAAGCAAAGCAAUCACUCGGCGGCAGCACACGCCUGCGCAAAGCUUUGUGACGGCUCGUCCGACGAAGGACUUGUUGGCUGGCCCACACUGACAGAUUCACAGGCGCAAACUCGGCCGUGGAAGACGGCGCUGUCCUUGGCUAUAUCCGGGCCGCUGUCAAUUCCAAGGAGCAGUUGCCUGAUGCUCUGAAACUCUACGAGCACUUACGUAAGAAGCGUGGCGAAACAAUCGUGAAGGAAACAUUUGCCCAACGACACGAUUUUCACAUGGUCGACGGUUCCGAGCAGCAGGCGCGCGACAGAUUGAUGGCAUCGACUUUGGGCAAGCAGAUCGAUUGCAAGUUCCCAUCCAGAUGGCAAUGUCCUGUUGUGCAGCCUUGGUUGUUUGGUUAUGAUGCGAAAGAGGAGGUCGAUAGGGCAUUGGAAGAGACACCUUUGGUCGACACCAAGGCUUGA